AUGGAGGGCUGCUGCACUGUGGCCAUCAGCUCGGACCUGAGCUUCUUGUUCCCCACGCUCCUGCAGCUCUCCACUGAGGAGAUCGUGGCUAUCUGGGGUGCUGUGUCCAAUUACAUCCUGGGACAGCUGAAGCUGGACAAGGGUGUCGUGGUGGCGGGACUCGGGACCUUCGCUAUGGUCCAAAAGCAUCUCUUCGGCACACGGGAGGUGUUUGUGGUGCGCAGACCCAUCUUCCAGCUGGCCAUCGACAAGUUCUGGCUGGAGGGGCUCGCGUGCCCCACAGAGAUUAUCCCUGACGACGUCAAGGUCGAGCCGCUGAACUUCCAGCAGCUCUCGCGAGCCAGCGGCUUCCCGCGGCGCAUGGUGGAGAACUGCGUGCGGGAGACCAUUCUGCUGUACUCCUUCCAGCUGAGGAACGGGAAGCGCUUCGCCUUCGCCUUCCAGGACAUCGGCAUCCUGGCCUGCAAAGGCAACUUCCUCUGCAUGCAGUUCUAUUCCCACUGCAUCACAGGGCUGGAGAGCACUGCCAGCCCAAUUGCGCUGCUUCACAGCAGGCUGUGGAUGCCAGAUCCGGCUGUCUCCGGUGGAGCGACCACCGCUCGGGGGGUGCAGGCGAUUCCUGGCAACGCGUUCCCGAGGCUCCAGCUGACCGUGAGCAGCAAAGCGAAGGCCAAGGCUUCCUCCCCCAGCUCCACCCGGCACCAGAAGGCUGCGGAGAAGCGCAGGAUCAGCAGAGGAACAAAGAAGAGCAUAGGGAUGGGGAAAUGGCAGGCUUCCUCCCUUUCCGGAUCGCUUUCUCCUACUUCACACUGCGACCCCAGCAACAAUCUGUUUUCCGUCCAUAAACACGCUGUGUUUGGGACCACGGAGGAGAAGCUGAUGUAA